GAUUCCACAGCGAGAGAAGCCUGGUGGCGCGAAAAGACACACACCAGUGCAGAGUGCGACACGAGGUGUUGUGCAUUGACCAUUUCUCAACGCUUUUAAAAGCUAUACAGAAAAAAAAUGGCUGUUGAAUUUGUGGACGAUCAGGAAAUGAGGGAGGCGCAGAGGGAUUAUCUGGAUUUUCUUGACGAUGAUCAAGACCAGGGCAUUUAUCAGAGCAAAGUACGACAGAUGAUCAGUGAAAACAAAUCCAGGCUCAUUGUGAACCUCAACGACCUCCGCCGCCGCAACGAACAGCGUGCAGCCAAGCUGCUGAAUAAUGCUUUUGAAGAGCUCCUGGCGUUCCAGCGUGCUCUCAAAGAUCUGGUGGCUUCAAUAGAUGCCACUUAUGCCAAGCAACACGAAGAGUUCUUCAUCGGUCUGGAGGGCAGCUUCGGCAGCAAACACGUCUCCCCUCGAACCCUCACCUCUCGCCUGUUGGGUAGCAUGGUGUGUUUGGAGGGCAUCGUGACCAAAUGCUCUUUGGUGCGUCCCAAAGUAGUACGCAGUGUGCACUACUGUCCAGCCACUAAGAAGACUAUGGAGCGCAAAUACACUGAUAUGACCUCUCUGGAUGCCUUUCCUUCAAGUGCCAUUUACCCCACCAAGGAUGAGGAGAACAAUCCACUGGAGACUGAGUUCGGUCUGUCCAUCUAUAAGGACCACCAGACCAUCACAGUGCAGGAGAUGCCGGAGAAAGCCCCUGCCGGUCAGCUGCCCCGCUCUGUGGACAUCAUCCUGGACAAUGACUUGGUGGACGCUGUAAAGCCAGGGGACCGUACGCAGGUGAUCGGCACCUACCGCUGCCUGCCUGGCAAGAAGGGCGGAUUCACCUCGGGCACCUUCAGGACCAUCAUGAUCGCCUGCCACGUCAAACAGAUGAGCAAAGAAGUCUCUCACUACUUCUCUGCAGAUGAUGUGGCCAAGAUCAAGAGCUUCUGCAGAACUCGCUCUAAGAAUUCGUUUGAUCAGUUGGCUCGCUCCCUGGCCCCCAGCAUUCAUGGUCAUGAGUAUAUAAAGAAGGCGAUCCUGUGUAUGCUUCUGGGAGGGGUGGAGAAGGUUUUGGAGAACGGCUCACGCAUUAGAGGAGACAUCAAUGUGCUUCUCAUAGGUGACCCCUCAGUGGCCAAGUCUCAGCUGCUCCGGUACGUUCUGCACACUGCUCCUCGUGCCAUUCCCACCACAGGCCGAGGCUCUUCGGGUGUAGGUCUGACUGCAGCCGUCACCACUGACCAAGAGACAGGCGAGCGACGUCUCGAGGCUGGUGCCAUGGUUUUAGGGGAUCGCGGUGUGGUCUGCAUUGAUGAAUUUGACAAAAUGUCAGAUAUGGAUCGCACUGCUAUCCAUGAGGUCAUGGAACAGGGCCGCGUCACCAUCGCCAAGGCUGGCAUCCACGCUCGACUGAACGCCCGCUGCAGCGUCCUGGCAGCUGCCAACCCCGUAUAUGGCCGAUAUGAUCAGUAUAAGACCCCCAUGGAGAACAUCGGUCUGCAGGACUCCCUGCUGUCUCGUUUUGAUUUGCUCUUCAUCAUGCUGGAUCAGAUGGACCCAGAGCAGGACCGUGAGAUCUCUGACCACGUCUUGCGCAUGCACCGCUACAGAGAUCCUCAUGAGCAGGAUGGAGCAGCUCUUGCUCUUGGUGGUGCAAUCGAUGCACUGGCCACUGAAGACCCUGAUGUAACUCAGGAGGAAGAAGAGGAGCUGCAAGUGUACGAAAAACACAAUCUACUCCUCCAUGGCAGCAAAAAACUCAAGGACCGAGUGGUGAGUAAAGCCUUCAUGAGGAAGUACAUCCACGUUGCCAAGGCUCUUUCUCCUGUUCUGACUCAAGAUGCAGCCAAUCACAUUGCAGAGGAGUACUCACGACUGCGCAACCAGGAGCAGCUCGGCUCUGACAUUGCACGGACGUCACCAGUCACUGCUAGAACCCUGGAGACUUUGAUCCGUCUUUCUACAGCUCACGCCAAAGCUCGAAUGAGCAAAGUUGUGGAACUGGUGGACACAGACGUUGCUGUGGAGCUUGUGCAGUUUGCCUAUUUCAAGAAGGUUUUGGAGAAGGAACGUAAACGCUCUAGAAAUGGAGAGCAAGAUGCAGCAUCAGAGGAGGAGGAGGAGGAAGAUGAAGUACAAGACACACCUCGAACACAGAGAAAAAGGAGGCGCCAUUCUGAGCGCAGAGCAUCUCAGGGCAGCGAGCAAUAUGACCCAUAUGACUUUAAUACUGAGACUGAUGUACCACAAAUUCAGUCCCCUGCUCCUGCGAGGCAGGAUGAGGAGCCAAUAGACGCUCCUGAUCAGAACGGUCACACAGAGUUGUCUGAUGGCAGGUUGAAGGAGUUCAAAACCGCAUUGCUGGAGGUGUUCCGCUCUUCUCAUGCUCAGUCAGUUGGCAUGAUCGCUUUGAUGGAAGGCAUCAACAAGAGCUGUCCAUCACCCUUUAAAGAAACUGAGGUCCGUGCUGCCCUCAGCCGAAUGCAGGACGACAACCAGGUUAUGGUUGCCGACGACAUCAUCUUCCUUAUAUAAAUGUGUUUUUUGGAGAAUAAGAGAAAUGAAAAAGUGUAGAUCUAUUUCAGAAGAUUUGCAAUAUGUGUGCAAUGUUUAUUUCCAUACUUUUGUACAUGCAAACACAUGCAUGUAUUUCUUAACAUUUUCAUUCACUCAAGACAUUUUCAUUAGAUUUUUCUUACUGUAAUUUUU